UAGUUUUCAUGCUGUAUAUAUAAAUAGAAAAACAGUUACCUGGCCGAGAGAUCUCUCUGAUGGGGCCCGUAGAUUUCCGUACACCCCUUCCUGGUAAUGUUGGCGUUGCACCACAAAACUUCUACAGCCGAGUUCAUGAAACCCAAGCAACGACUAAAACUGAACCUUUUAAAGUUGAUGUUCUUACCAGAGAACUACCUGAGGAUCGUUACCGUAAUGUUUUAUUACAGUUCUUUAACCUACGAGCUGAUGAGCAAGAGUUUCCGGGUUCUUCCAAACCCGAGAGCAGUCCUGCCUCUGGAGAAGUGUUAGAGUUUAUAGCCCAGGACUGCCCAGUGCUUAUGAAGAAAGAUUUUCAAGACCUGUUUCCCGGCCGUGAUCUUCAGCACGAUAACCUUACCGUGUUAACUAUGUGCCAACGAACCAAGAAUGACAUGAGCAUUUGGAACGAAGAUGUGGAGUCUGAGCGAGAGGAACUAACAGAAUAUUUUGUCAGUGCUGCACAGGAUAUCUGUGAGGUUCUAAGAAAGGCAGGAUAUUGGGCAGAUUUCAUUGAUCCAUCGUCUGGAAAACCUUAUCUUGGACCGCACACCAAUGCGACAUUUUUUGAGACGGAUGAAAGAUAUCGUCACUUUGGAUUUACAAUCGAAGACUUGGGUUGCUGUAAGGUGAUCUUUCAUCACCUGUGGAAUACACAUGCUUUUGUAUGUUGUCUCUUUACAAAUGCUCCGCUUGAAAGUCCUGAGGUGGGAAAUGUAUUACAGAAACAACAAAGAUUGAAUAAAAACAACUAGAUGAGGAAAAACUCUCACAGAGAAUGAUGGUUUAUGCAGCUGUGUCAACCAAUAGUGUUAGGCCUUAGAAUUUAUCUUCAAGAGUUACCAAGUGUAUUUCAAGAAGUUUAGAAAAUAUAAAUUAUUCAUCACACGUCUUUGGAAAUACUUAUCAACAGAAAUAAUUAUUUUGCAUGAACUUUUUUUUAAAACUUUUGAGAAAGUGGAAUUGAAAGAAUGUGUUGUGUUCUGAAUUAUCUAAUUUUUUGAAUCCAGACUAAUUGGUUUUGUAGAGGUAAUGGAAACAAUGAUGUUCCUGUAAGAUAAAUUAUCUUUAGUUUGUGUUGUUAAAGCUUGCUACUUUUUUGCUUAUUGAAUAAAAGUUUUCAAAGUAUAA